AAUGAAAGACGACUCAAAAGAGCAAAGUAAACGAACUCGAGAAAAGUUUGUUCGAUCCGUACAAACUGAAACUAAAGUACGGAAACAGCGAGAUUUGGUUUGUGCGAUAGAAGAUAAUGGAACCAAAUUAUGAGGAAGAUGUUUUUCUCGCCAAGUAUCAAUCAUCCGAACUUAAGAUUGCUUCUGAAUUUCUUACGAAUUGGUUGCCUUUCUUAUCUAGAGAUCUCUGCAACGACUGUGCUCAUGUUCUCUCCGAUCGAAUCCGUUCUCUAGACCCAGAGCAUUGUAGUAAUGGAGAAGUUAAAGCGGGUUCUGGUUCAAUGGUGGAUAACAUGGAAUCUGAAGAAGUUGAUAACAUGGAAUCUGAAGAAGUUGAUAACAAGAUGGACAAUAUUUAUGACGGGAAGUUGUGUGUUUCUCACUCAUUAGAUAGUUUGAAAGCUGGGGCUUUUGUAUUUGGAUCUUUGUCAGACAGUGUAAGUCAUGCAAUGCCAUCAUCUCAGUCAACUGUUUCUGAGGCGGCAAGUGCACAAAUGUCUUGGGCUGAUAUGGGAGAAGAAGAUGGGCUCGAGGAGGAAGACCAGAAAGAGAAUGAAUUAGGUUCACAUGGAGUUGAUGUGAGUCCUUCCGUUGGAGACUCGAUGAAGACUCCUGAGAAGCGUAAAUUGUCUAGGGAAGAAAGAGAGCGUUAUCGGUUUAUGAAUGUGAAGAAAAUGAAAGUGUUUUCUUGUUAUGAGAAAGUUAGAGGGAGGUCUGUUAAUAUUCUCGAAGGACUUGAAUUGCAUACCGGUGUUUUUAGCGCGGUGGAGCAGAAAAAGAUUGUUGAUUUUGUCUAUGAACUACAAGAGAAAGGCCGUAGAGGAGAAUUGCGAGAGCGUACUUUUACCGCUCCGCAUAAGUGGAUGAGAGGCAAAGGACGAGUUACUAUUCAAUUCGGAUGUUGUUAUAACUAUGCACCGGACAAAGCGGGAAACCCACCCGGAAUCCUUCAACGUGGAGAUGUUGAUCCAAUGCCAUCUAUUUUCAAAGUAAUAAUCAAAAGGUUGGUUGGGUGGCAUGUACUUCCUCCAACUUGUGUACCGGAUAGUUGUAUCGUCAAUAUCUAUGAGGAAGACGAUUGCAUACCUCCUCACAUCGAUAACCAUGACUUCCUCCGCCCUUUCUGCACAGUAUCAUUCCUCAGUGAAUGCAAUAUACUCUUUGGUUCAAAUCUCAAAGUCUUAGGACCUGGUGAAUUCUCCGGUUCUUACUCUAUACCGCUUCCUGUCGGGUAAAUCACUAAAGUUUGCGUACCCUCUCUGAGUUUAUUCUACUGAAGCUUCUGUUGCUUAACUUUUUGACGAGUUUUUCACUUUUUUUGCUUCAGAUCAGUUCUAGUGCUCAAGGGUAAUGGAGCUGAUGUCGCUAAGCAUUGUGUACCUGCCGUUCCCACAAAGAGGUAAUUUGUUAGCACCUUGAUUGUUUGUCAACGUUUAUUUAUAUGUUUGGUAAUGAAACCAUUACUCUCUCUUUUUACAAAAGGAUUUGGUGUUUUGCAAUUUAUCGGUGUUAUCUCGUUUUGUUUUGUUCAUACUGUUUUUGCUAUCGUCGGUUCUGCUUUCAGGAUAUCGAUCACGUUUAGGAAAAUGGACGAGUCGAAAAGACCAGUCGGAUUCACCCCGGAACCUGAUUUGGAGGAGAUUAAGCCGUUGCCAUACGAACACACCACGCCGAGUACUCCUGCUGAUGCAGUCAUUAGCUCUUCAAGAUCCAGCAUUGAUCAAAAUGGUAGUAAUCACAACAAUCGAACUGCACAUGGAGGAGGAAGCAAGUAUCGUAGGUCGAGAGAUUAUCAUUCUGAGAGUCGAGAGCGGUCAUCAUCGGGCCAACGAAGAGAAACUUCACGACAUACUCCUAAUAGGUCCUAUAGACCCAAGGUUACUAGCUCCGACAACGUCUGAGAAUUUGUAACACGAACAUAAUAUUUGAUUUUACCACAGAACAAAUUAUAGAAAUUGCUUCUAAUAAUUCUUUUCGUUUUGACCGAAUUUUUUACGAUAAUUUCAACUAUAUGGUUGAAUAGACGAAAAUAUCAUCCAAUUGGUUUCUUCUG